AUGCCAGCUUAUGCCAAGUUCUUUAAAGAGCUUAAUUCCAAUAAAAGGAGAUAUGAGAAUAAUGAAAAAGUUAUUGUCUCUGAAAUAGCAAGUUCCGUUCUCCAAGAACAAUUAUCCCCUAAGAUGAAAAAUUAUGGGAGCUUUACCAUUGAUAUUACAAUGGAGGAUAAGAAAGUUGCUAAAGCCAUGUUGGAUUUAGGAGCAAGUAUCAACUUGAUUCCAUAUUCAAUAUAUGCACAACUUGACUUGAGAGAAUUGAAACUAACUAUCAUUUCUCUACAACUAGCUAAUAGAUCUAUUAAGUAUGCAAGAGCAAUGAAUAAGGAGCAAACAAUACUCCUUAGUAGACCUUUUAUGGCAACUACCAAAACAGUUAUUGAUGUGCACAAUGGGAAGCCGACUAUGACAAUCUUGGGAGAGACUGUAGGAUUUAAAGUGUUUGAUUCUCUAGCUCUAUUUCCUAGCACUUCAAUUGAUGAAUGCUAUUAUCAAGUACCCGUUGCAUAUAAAGAUCAAAAGAAGACAACUUUCACAUGUUCUUUUGGAACUUUUGCAUUUAUAAAGAUACCAUUUGGACUUUGCAAUGCACUUGCAACAUUCUAG